CACCUAUCAGUCAAUGGCGAAAUCUCGGUACGAAUACGUCAAACAAUUUGAAUUAGACGAUUCCGCGCUACCUGGAACAUGGAUGGUGGUUCGGAUCGACGGCAGAGGCUUUCAUGGCUUUACCGACAUGCACAAGUUCGAAAAGCCAAACGAUCUGAGAGCCAUUCACCUUAUGAAUAGAGCAGCCCUCGAAGUUGUUGGAAACAUAAGAGAUAUCAUUAUUGCUUACGGUCAAAGUGACGAAUACAGCUUUGUUCUUCCAGCUUCAAGCACUCUUUACUCUCGUAGAAUUAGCAAAAUCACAUCGACCAUCGUCAGUUUGUUUGCAUCAAAUUAUACCAUGCACUGGGCAGAGUACUUCCCAGAUACUAAGCUUUUGGUACCACCUUGCUUCGAUGCACGAUUAGUAUGCUACCCCACCCAAAGAAUUCUACGGGACUAUCUGAGCUGGCGGCAAGCAGAUUGCCACAUCAACAAUCUGUAUAAUACAACAUUCUGGGCCAUUGUACACUCUGGAAAGUCAGAACAAGAAGCAGAAGAAAAGUUGAGGGGAACAUUUUCCAAGGAUAAAAACGAAAUUUUGUACAGCGAUUUCAACAUCAAUUAUAAUACCCUCGACGCUGUUUACCGCAAGGGAUCUGUUAUCAUACGUCAAGAGACCGAGGUAAAAUCUGUAUCACAAAAAAGUGGUGAAGAAGUUAUUCGAUUAAAGCGUCUUCCAACCGUGUUGCAUGAUGACAUCAUUGGCAAUGAAUUCUGGAAGAAGCACCCAGAACUUCUGGUGUCGUCGCAAGAAUAUGAAUGAACACAUUUUAUACACUUUAUAUGGUGGUUACCCCAUUUCUUUCGCUUCGGCUCCCCCCAAUAGAUCUUAUAAUAUAAAUUCCGAUAGACCAACCAUUGCACAUCGCUGCUGGCAAUAACAUAAAUACAGUGGGGAAAGUUAAAUCUUUUAAGUUAUUUCUUU